AUGCAAACCAACGACACUGGGCUGAUCUUCCAGUCCUCAAGGCAACUGGCGGAAGCCUCGAACAGGGAGAGGAAGAUUAUUGCUGCUGAAGGCAUUGGAAACCCCAUCAAGGUCAGCAGCAAGGUCUUGGACCUGGUGAUUCGCGAUCAAGAUGGUUGGACGGCCGAGUCGGGCUGGCAGGCUCGACGCUUGGACCUCAAUACCGGGAAGACUCGAAUGCUCUAUAAGGGCCAUAAAGGACCAGUGACAUCGCUCAGCCUCCACCAGGUUCCAGGCGACAAACCUUGGUUGGCGCUCCUCACCGGAUCUUGGGAUAAGACAAUCCGUGUUUGGGAUGCCCUGUCCGGGGAUCUGGUUGGUGUUCUCGAGGGUCACACCGACUUUGUGAAGUCGGUGACCGUGCUGCCUACUGUGCCUCCCUUCCUACUCUCGACGUCGUCCGACAGGACCUUCCGCCUUUGGGACCUGUCACCCUUGGAGAAUCGAAAGCUUCCCACAGCCCGCCAGACUGUGAAGGAGCAUACGCGCCCUGUCGAGACGGCAUCGUUUGAAGUUUCAUCGCACAAGGAGCCGACAGAAAGAACUGUGGAUGUGUGGACUGCCGACUCGUUAGGUGCAAUCAAGCAGUGGAGUGUGAAGCAGAUCGUUCCUAGUUCAUCUGCCCCCUUGACGUUUGUCAUUGACAAGGAGAGCCACGAAACGAGUGUCUCCCAAGUCGUCGCCGUGGACGACGGCCUUUGGAGCGCGUCCAUGGACAACACUGCCAAGCUGCAAGGCCCAUCCUCUCAGAAGCUGGUUCACCCCAGCUAUGUCAAAUCGAUUCUGCCAAACCCCCAGGGACUUCCUUACAUUGUCACUGGGUGCGAAGACGAAAACAUUCGCCUGUGGGACGCCAACAAUCUCGAUUCCAAGCCAAAGCCGCUGUCAAUCGUUGAAGGGCACUGCGGUGAGGUUUCCGCACUUGACGUCUGGAUCAAGGAUGAAGAUGGCAAGAAGGUCGUCAACAUUGUGUCCGCCAGUCUGGACGGAACGUUGAGGAGAUGGACCAUUCAAGAACUUCUGAAUCCCCCCAAGCUCAACUAUGAGCCAGUCAAGGACACGAACGAGGUCGGCUUGACCGAGGAAGAGGAGAGGGAACUCGCCGAGCUCAUGUCAGAUAGCGAUUGAGGAGUAGAUGCCACAUAGACCCGUGAU